UAAUCGGCUCCGUACUCUGAGAUGUGGGCGGCAAAGGAGAUGGUGCAUAUAUAGCUGCGUAUUCGCGCCAUACCAAACAUCUCCUCUUCUUCCUCUCUCUCUCUCUCUCUCUCUCUCUCUCUCUCUCUCUCUCUCUCUCUCUCUCUCUCUCUCUCUCUCUCUCAUCACCGCCACCACCACCACCUCUUGUCCACAGUUCUUCCUCUUCAUCUUCGCCGUCUCGCAUCGCUGGUGCCACCAGCUGAAUCAAGGGAGCUGUGCAGUGUAGAUGCCGACCAUCAUCGUCAAGGUGGACCUGGAAUGCAGCCGCUGCUAUGCCAAGAUCCAGAGGGUGCUCAACAGGAUCCAAGAGAAGGGUGAGUUCUGCAUCGACGACAUCGAGUACGACGAGAAGAACAACCGGGUGAUCGUCACGGGGCCCUUCGACGCGGAGAAGCUCGCCGACAAGCUCUGCUGCAAGGCCUGCAAGAUCAUCAAGGAGAUCGAGAUCGUCGAGCCCCCGCCGCCCAAGAAGGAAAAGACCAAGCCCCCGCCGCCAGAGCCGGAUGUCGUGCCACCACCCCCACCGCCGGUGGUCGUGGAGCCGCCGCCCAAGAAGGACCCCCCUCCGCCGCCACCGCCCAAGGUGGUGGAGGUUCCCUACCCGUGGCCGUACCCGUACCCAUUCCCGGCGUGGCCGUCCGACUGCUGCUGCCGCCACGGCCACGGCGGCUGCCACUGCUGCUCCUGCGGCAAGGCCCCCGAGCCGGCACCGCAGCCGCAGUACAUCCCGAUGCCGCAGUACGUGCCGCAGCCGUACCCCUGCGGGCCCUACCGGAUCGUCUGCGAGGAGGACCCCUCCUACGCCUGCACCAUCAUGUGAUUAUCUAUUAAUGACGUCAUGAGUACCCCGUUAAUCACUAUACCCCGCCGGUGUCAUCAUGCCUCCUGUAUAAGCAUCGUGCAGAUUCAUACUCAUAUAGCAUUAUGUAUACGCACUUUCUUAGUUUUUUCUGCUAAUGACGUCAUGAGUACCCCCUUAAUCACUA